GGUGGAGACCUGAGAGUGUGUAGGAAUCUGUAGCUGAUUCAGUCUGGUCUCAGAGCCAUGGAGGCCAAAGGAGGACUAUCAGACGAGGCUGCGUCUGCUGCCUGCAAAGAAGGAAAUCCCAUCACCAAGGACUACAUGAUGCAGCAGACGAUGCUGAGGGUCAAAGAGCCAGCGAGAUCUCUGGACUUCUACACCCGAAUCCUGGGCAUGACCUUGCUCCAGAAAAUCGACUUUCCUUCGAUGCGUUUCACCCACUACAUCCUGGGUUACGAGGACAAGUCGGACAUCCCGAAGGACAUCAAAGAGAGGACAGCGUGGACUUUCUCCUGCAGAGCCACCAUAGAGCUCAUACAUAACUGGGGCUCAGAGUCAGAUGAGAGUCUGUCCUACCACAAUGGGAACACCACGCCGCACGGAUUUGGUCAUAUUGGCAUCGCUGUUCCUGAUGUUUACGCUGCCUGCAAAUUUUUUGAAGAGCAAAGAGUAACAUUUGUGAAGAAACCGGACUCAGGUAAAAUGAAGGACCUGGCCUUCAUUCAGGACCCUGACGGCUACUAUAUUGAGAUUUUUAGUCCAAAAAAAAUGGUGUCCUUAAUGUCACCUUAACACAGAGACAUGCUGGGAAACAUUGAGGGCAUCGCGGUUGGAUAACGCUGCUGAAUCGCUGCUAUGACUUCGUUUAUAUGAGAGCCCUUUGACACCUGCAUUUAAACUCUGAUCUACGUCCAGCUCCUGUUGUUAUGUUGCUCAGCGACUUAUCUGGCUUCUCCUUUUCUAAAAAACAAACACACAAAGUUUUUGUCUGUCAUGAACAUGCUAACAUGCCGACGUUCAGCAGGUAUUUGUCAUGUUCACCGUCUUAGUUUACUGUGUUAACUUGCUAACGUUUGCUAAUGAGCACUAAACACAGAUUGAGUGGGUUGCACAUGAAUGAAAUGUAGGGGAGAGCGGGGUGAGGUGAGCCAGUUUUUACUUGAAGCGUCUUUAAAGCGAGGACAUGACAGUAAUGUCUCCAACUAAAAUAUGUGCAUAUAUUUUAGGAUGUGGUGCGUCCCUGGGAAUAAUCAGUUUAGAUCUAAAAUAAACUGUUUUCAAAAUAUGGCUUUCCAAAAAAAGAGUGGACUCUCGGCUGAACUUGCCCCACAUGAGGGGUAGGAUGAGCCACACUAAUGUCAUUUCAUCGUGCAAACUGACCAUUAAAUUGCACUUAGAUAAUAAAA